AUCCCGACGCAGCGAGCGCACUUGGCUCCACUGAUAUCAGCAGCACUUGACUUCAGACAGAUUUUACACAGAGGGAGCAGUAGCAGCAGCAAACAUGUCUCGUCUCACCGCCCGUCUCUUCGUGGUAGUGUCUCAACAUGCGACAGCCAGAUCUGUGGUGUUACCGAGGAGGAUCCCGGCGUUCAUUCGUCCUGUGUGCACAUCUCAAGGCCUGCAGUCACUCAUCCGUUACGAUGAGACAAAAGACUGGCAAAAGAAACUGACCCCAGAACAGUAUGUAGUCACCAGAGAAAGAGGGACAGAGGUGCCCUUCAGUGGGAUCUACCUUAACCACUUUGAGGUGGGGAUGUACCACUGUGUCUGCUGUGAUGCUCCACUUUUCAGUUCAGAGGCUAAGUAUGACUCUGGGACAGGCUGGCCUGCAUUCAAAGAGGCUCAUGGGACAUGGGAGCGUGACGAAAGCUCCGCCUCCAUCAUCCGUCGCCCUGACAACAGCCUGGGUAGCGCUGGGACAGAGGUCCUUUGUAAGAAUUGUGAUUCCCACCUGGGUCAUGUGUUUGAAGACGGACCGGAUCCGACAGGUCAGCGGUUCUGCAUCAACAGUGUGGCCCUCAUGUUUAAACCCAGAGGAAACAGCAAACCUGGCGAGGAUGAGCGGGACUAAAACACACUUAUGUGUCAUUUCACACCUUUUCUUUUACGAGGCAAAUUAAAGGACCACCUGAAUGUCAGAGGAUUCAUUCAAUGGUUUUGACCUAAACAUAUUUGCUAGUGAGAAGCUUUGUGUGUGUCUAAAUGAAUGAAUUUUGGGGGGAAGAGGACCUCCUGGUGUUUAUUAAACCUGUAAAGAAUUCAGCUCAGUUGCUUGUGAAGAAAAUGUAUGCACUGGAGGGAAGUCUACGCACAGAACAUGAUGUACAUGAUUCACACAAAGUCAAACUGAAGGCCAUCGGCUCCAUUAAUGAAUACCAUACUUCCCAAAAAAUAGUCACUGUUUUAACUGUUUGUAUUUUUCACAAAUGUUUGUUGAGUUGGUAAUUUUGUUUUAUACUGAACGUAUGAAUGUCAGCAUAACUGGGCCUCUUUGUCUGUAGAGAUUGUGAAAGACAGAAAGUUCUAACAUUGCUGCUUUGUGUGUUUUUCAGUCCGGGGUCACAUUAACACAUCAAUUGUUUUGUUUUUUAGGAAUUGUAUAAAAUUGAAUGAUACUUUGUCAAUAAAUGCAUAUCUGUGUUUUCUCUGAA